AUGAGCUUCUCGUCGUACGUCGAACAGCUCCGCUCCGAGGGCCAGGCCAAGUUCCCUUCAAAUGCCAACACGGCCGAGUUUGCUCGGGAGCUAGAUUCCCAAGACCCGAUUCGGCACUUGAGGGAUGAGUUCAUCCUACCGACGAAGGCAUCCCUGAAGAAGAAAGCCCUCGACGGGACACUGCCAGAUGGCUCAAAGCUCAACGGGAUCAACGGCCACGCCAACGGCACGUCUGCCGCCUCUUCUACAGAUGAUGCUAAUGUGUCGUCAACUGGCAUUUAUUUCUGUGGCAACUCCCUAGGCCCCCAGCCCAAGGCCUUGAGGCGGUACCUCAAUGCGCAACUUGAGACAUGGGGUUCCAUCGGCGUGGGUGGGCAUUUCCAGAAUCUCGAGACAUCACCCCUUGCUUGCUGGCAGGAUCUGGCCGAGGACUGUGCGAUCAAGAGCGCCGCCAUUGUCGGGGCCAAGCCGGAAGAGGUGGUCAUAAUGAACACUCUGACGGCGAACCUGCACCUACUUAUGGCAAGCUUCUACCGGCCGACGGAGAAGAGGCAUAAAAUCAUCUUGGAGUGGCGACCAUUUCCCAGUGAUUAUGGGCGAAUAAAUAAGAAUGAUAUCAGACCAGUGUGGGAGGGUACUAACAAGAGUAACAAGUACGCAAUCGAGUCCCAAAUCCAAUGGCACAACCUCGACCCCUCUAAGUCCAUGAUCACAAUCCAGCCUGACGCCAACUUUUACAUCUCCACGGACCUCAUCCUGCGCACCAUCGACGAACACGCUGAUGAGACGGCCCUCAUCCUCCUCCCCGGCAUCCAGUACUACAGUGGCCAGCUCUUUGACAUAGAGCGCAUCACGGCUCACGCCCAGUCCAAGGGCAUCGUCGUCGGCUGGGACCUCGCCCACGCCGCCGGCAACGUCGAGUUGCGCCUGCACGACUGGAACGUCGACUUUGCCGCCUGGUGCACGUACAAGUACCAGAACGCCGGGCCGGGUUCUAUCGCCGGCGCAUUUGUGCACGAGCGCCACGGCGCCGUGGAGAGGGGAGAAUACCCCGAGGGCAAGGCGACGUACCGCCCGCGGCUGUCGGGGUGGUACGGUGGGGACAAGUCGGUGCGGUUCAACAUGGAUAACAAGUUCUUGCCGACUGCUGGCGCGGGAGGUUAUCAGGUCUCGAACCCAUCGGCCAUUGAUCUUGCGUCGCUUUUGGCGGCGCUGUCAGUGUUUGAAAAGACGGACAUGGCUACACUAAGGUCUAAGUCGCUUGUAUUGACGGCGUAUGCUGAGUUGUUGCUAGACGGCAUUAUAGCGGAUAGUCUGUCGGGCGGAGAUGGUGAGGAACAGGCGCUGCGCGUCAUUACGCCGAGAGACCCAUCCGAAAGGGGCACACAGCUCAGCGUCCUGUUGAGGGAUGGACUGUUGGACAAGGUGAGCGCGUCGUUGACCGAGGAGGGCAUCCUUUGUGACAAGAGGAAGCCGGGUGUCAUUCGGGUUGCGCCGGUGCCCAUGUAUUGCACGUUUGAUGAUGUAUGGAGGUUCAUGAACGCUUUAAGGAAAGCAUUGGCUUGA